AUGGGUGAGAUGACAACAUCAAUGCAGUUUUUGUCAGACAAGGUUGAUGCUUCCAAUAAGUUGAUGGACGAGAUCAGGAAGGAGCUGGCUUUGACCAAGAAAGAGAACGAGGGUUUACUUCAGCAAAAUGUAACACUGAAGAAAGAAGUUGUAGAUAUGCAAGAGAGAAUGAGGAACUUGGAGCAGUACAGCCGCAAAAAUAACAUUGAGAUCAGCGGAAUUCCUACCACACCGAAUGAACAUGUGAACGACAUAGUGAAGGACCUGGGAAGUGCUUUGGGAGUGGAGAUACUACCUGCUCAAAUUGCAGCUGGUCACAGGAUCCCAUCCUUCAGCAAGGCCCGUGCACCCGCUGUGGUGGUGAAGUUCCACGACAGAGCUGUAAAAGAAAAUCUCCUCGCCAAGUUCCGGGAAGCUCGACGUAGAAGCGCUCACCUGACAGCAGACAAGAUCAACAAGGCUUUUCCUCCCAACAAGGUGUAUGUGAAUGAUCAUCUGGCUCCGGAGAACAAGCAGUUUCUUGCCAAGCUCAAACAAAAGUGUCAGGAGGUGGGUUACGUGUUUGUGUGGUGCAGAGACGGAAAAUUUUUCAUCAAGAAAAAUGCUGACUCUAAAGUUCAAAAAGUAAGUACCUUGGCUGUCAUCGAGAACAUUAAAUAA